AUGAAGUUCUGUGGUUGUUUAACUGUUGAAAAAGAAUCACGAGAUGAAAAUUCAAAAAAGAAAUAUGUUAAACGAUAUUUUCUUAAACGUGAUUUAUCGUCGAAUAAUAAUAAUGGUUCGACAAUGAGUAUCAAAUCACAAAAAGAAAGAACUAAAUCAAAUACAAAGACGGAAAUCGUAUCAAAUAUAAAAAAACAUACUUCAACAAAUCAAUCAUCAUUAGAAUCGAUUGAUAAAGUUGUUCGCUCUGAUAAUCGUCACGAUACAUCUAAACGACGAUCAGUUACAUUUGCUAAUGAUAGUGAAACUGAACAACGUAAAUUUCUUCGAUUAAAUCAAGUGAAACGUGGAUCAAUCGAUGAAUUACAAUUUCAUGAAAAUAAACGUGCAAAAAGUUCACCAAAUGUAAAUAAUUUCGUAACAAAAAUGAAUACAUCAUAUGAAACAACAACAGGUGAUGAACUUGAUACUUCCCAACAAAAGAAAUCAGUUAUACGUCGUCGAAAACGAAGUAAAUCUCCUCGAAAACAAUUACCAUCUGAACUUCUCGAUGCAAUCAAAUUCGAUCUAGUAGAAUCUGGUGGUUUAGAUGAUAAUCAACUAAAAAUUAUUCCCUAUGAAAAUAUUAAAACAUCAUCUCAACCAAUGCGAAUUAGUAUUUCAUCAUAUUCAUCUCGACAACAAACACGUCGACGACGCUGUUCCUCUCCAUUCAAUCGUGCUGUUGUUCAUAGUGCAUCAAGUCAUGUGUUACAUUAUCCAGCUCAACCAAGUAUUGUUUGUAUUGCACAAGUUAAAUCAACAAAAGCCAGUAGUAUAACUAUAAAAACAGCAAAUUGUAUGUAG